CCUAUCGUUCUGGUAUCUACGCAUGCAUGAGAGCUUUCCAUAGAGACCGCCAUGUUGAAUUUCCAGGCUCGUUCACGUUUAUUUUCUUUAGCUACACAGUCUCCAUAUGGUGUAUAGACAACAGAGAGGUAGAAAGAGAGAGGUUAAUUAACGAGGUCUACUAUCCUUUUCUCGUACCACGAGACUGGAUUAAUCGAACUUCUUCGAAUUUUAAAUCACUUAGUACUAGAGUACUAUACUGAUAACGUUCUAUUAUCGAGGCUGUGGCUGUAUUAAAUACCGUACUGUAUGAUAGCAUUCAGUUACGAAGUUUAAUACUUGAAAAGUGCCUCCGGAGUGUGUCGUGCUCAUACGUUACAGAAAUUAAAGUUGAAAAUGACCAAGGCAGUAUUCUCACUAGUUUUCGUUCGAAGAUUGAACGACGAGAUCUUGCUCGGUUUUAAAAAACGUGGCUUCGGGUCGGGGAAGUGGAACGGCUUCGGCGGCAAGGUCGAGCCGGCCGAAUCGGUCGCCGACUGCGCCGUUCGGGAAUUGAGGGAAGAGUGCGGGUUGAAUGCGGAGAGGGUUGACGAAGUCGGGCUACUAGAAUUCCAGUUCGAAGGCGAGGACACCUCCUUCGAGGUCCACGUAUUUCAAACGUACAACUUUUCCGGCGAAUUGACGGAGUCCGAAGAGAUGCGACCAAAGUGGUUCAACGUAAACGAGAUACCAUUCAAGGAAAUGUGGCCGGACGACGAGUAUUGGUUCCCUUACUUGCUACGCGGCGACUUUUUCACGGGCAACUUCCUCUACCGCGGCCAGGACCUGAUCUUGAAGCACAAUAUCGAAAUCCUCGAGAAGCCGCCGUUUUACACAGUAUUUCAUUAAAAAAAAACAAUAAUAAACAAUUGUACUCCGAUGUCUGUAUUAAUUAAGUAAUAACGUAUAUACAAACUGCG